AGAAGAUCGAUGAAGAUGAGGUCUUCUUUCCUCGCCUUCCUUUCUUUCUUGUUGUUUGUGGAGAUUCAAGCAAUAAGACACAAAGAACUACGAAUUACUUAUCCUGAGCGUUUGGAUCGUCAUCGCAGCAAAAGGGAUCUAACAACAGCUAUCCAUGGUGAUCAUGAAGCUUCGGCAAGUUUCAAAAUUAACAAUUGGGUGCUAGAAACUAAACGUAACAAUGAAUUGGCUCCAAAAACGGUGACGGUUCGUAGGUUUCUGGCUGACAACUCCGAGGUACUUCACGAGGACUCACCGGAUAACUGUCACUACCAAGGAUCUAUUCGUGGCGUCCCUGAUUCUACUGUCAUUUUAAACACCUGUAAUGGCCUUAGAGGAAUCAUUGAUGAUGGAAAGGACACUUUUCAUAUCGAACCUCAUGAUGACCAGAAGAAUACCGGAGCACACAAGCUCUAUCUUGCAAAUAACGACAAAGAGUUUGAUGCAGCAAAGAACUGUGGGACGCAUUCUGAAGACCAUUUCCAUAAAGGAUCCGACGACGAAUCUAAACUUGGCGCAACAAUCAAACGGUUAAGACGCUCAGUUGUGGAUAUGGAGGAGAAAUAUCGGUCUUACCUUACAACUGACGAGACACGAUACAACGAGGUUCUUUUUGUCGUGGACAAUGAAAUCUAUCAAAGGUAUCAAAACGACACAAAAACCGUGAUUGAUAAAGUUCUCACUCUUUGCAACGCAGUUGACGCAAUUUACCAACGCAUCAAUGUCAGGAUUGUUAUGACAGCCAUCGAAAUUUGGACCAACGGUGAUCGCAUUGAACGUCAAACAUCUGGCGGUGCAGAAUUAGGAAAGUUUCAAGAGUAUCGACAAAGAGAACUAAUUGGUAAAAUACCUCAUGACAAUGGGCAGUUUCUUAGCAGUCAUGGAUGGAGUGGUGGAGUUAUUGGAAUGGCAUGGGUCGGAACAAUGUGUAACAGAUUAUCAGCUGGUGUUAACACGUGGUCUUUUGGAAGCGUUAUUGGGCCAUAUGUCACUCUGGCUCAUGAAAUGGGUCACAACUUCGGAUAUGGUCAUGAUUCAGGAUAUUGCAAAUGCCUAACACCAAGAGGAUGCUUCAUGGGUGGACAUAAGUAAGUAUUAAUAUAUAUUUAGGCACUGCCUAAAAGCGGAGCUCCCAAUAGCAGAGGGAGCCCAAUUUAGAUAAAACUGAAAGAUGAAAAUAAAAUCCAUCGGGCAAAAAAUCUUCAAUUUUUUCUCUCCAUCGAGAUGAAAACAAUGUCCCCAUAAGGGAAGCCAUGAAAUGA